ACAUAAUGAGUUGAAGUAACAUAAUUUUUCUUAAUAGAUGUUUCAAGGUUUAGAAGAAGCAGUUAUCAGGAACAUUGGAGCUUGCAAGCAGUUAGCGGAAACUGUGCAGACAGCAUAUGGUCCUAUUGGGAUGAACAAAAUGGUAAUCAAUCAUCUGGGAAAACUCUUUGUGACAAAUGAUGCUGCAACUAUCAUCAGGGAACUCGAAGUUGAACAUCCAGCUGCCAAGCAAAAAGUUGGUGAUGGUACAAAUUUUGUCAUCAUUUUGGCUGGGGCUCUGUUAGAGCAAGCUGAAGCUCUUAUCCGAAUGGGCUUAACUCCCAAUGAAAUUGCCGAAGGCUAUGAAAAGGCUUUGGAGAAGGCGCUUGAAAUUCUGCCUAAUUUGGUUUGCCAAACUGUUGUGGAUGUUCAAGACUCGGACGUCAUUACCAAAGCCAUUAAAGCUGCUAUUAUGUCCAAGCAGUAUGGUAAUGAGUCAUUCUUGACUCCUCUGAUCACAGAAGCUUGUGUGGCCAUCUUGCCAGACAAGAAAACGACCUUCAACGUCGACAACGUACGUGUUUCAAAAAUUCUGGGUGGCAGUUUGUACCAAUCGCAAGUCGUUCAAGGGAUGGUCUUUAAGCGCCAAGUUGAGGGUGAUAUCACGCGAGCUGAGAAAGCCAAAAUCGCGGUCUACACUUGCCCCAUUGAUUCGGUACAAACUGAGACAAAGGGAACCGUUUUGAUUCAGUCUUCGAAGGAGCUAAUUGAUUUCUCACGCGGAGAAGAGAAUAUGCUGGAAAAAGAAAUUGCUGCUAUCGCAGCCACUGGCGUAAAAGUUAUCGUCUCUGGUGGCAAGAUCGGUGAUCUCUGCUUGCAUUACCUCAACAAGUACGGUAUUAUGGGUGUCCGUCUUCAAUCCAAAUUUGAUCUGCGUCGGCUGUGCAAGUCCAUCAAUGCAACUGCCCUUCCGCGCUUGACUCCACCGUCACCUGAGGAAAUGGGGUAUGCUGACAACAUUUACACCGAUGAGUUCGGAGAUACCGCGGUCGUCAUUUUUCGUCAAGAUGAGAAGGAGUCGCGUAUCGCUACUAUCAUUGUUCGUGGAACAACCGACAACUUCCUAGACGACAUCGAGCGAGCUAUUGACGACGGGAUCAACAACUUUAAAGUCCUCUCGAGAGAUGGUCGUCUUGUACCCGGAGCCGGAGCGACGGAAGUUGAAUUGGCUAGGCAGAUUAACCAGUUUGCCGACAAGUGCCCUGGUUUGGAUCAGUAUGCCAUCCAGAAGUUCGCCCAAGCUUUGGAGACUUUUCCAAGCUAAAUUAGAUGCAUUUUUUCUAGUGGAUGAAUUUUAAGCGGGAAAAUUUAGUAGACCUAUCAAUUUUCAAGUUCUAUUCAGCCAGUCAUUUAAAAAGACUUUAAAAGACCUGGUCUCAGCUGAUGCGCCAGUAUGAUCCGGUUUUUUGCAUAUUCUGGCGCGCUAGUUGAUUAAAUUUAUUGCUUUUUCCCCAUGUACUGUCCACCUGUACCGCCUUUUCGGCGGCUUCCUCUCUCGCGAAAGUUCAAUUUCGACCAUGCGUUAUUACUUUAAUAAAAUGUCCUUAUUAUAUCCGCCAAAGAUGAUUGAGUAGGAGUUAGAUCCACCUCCGAACUCAAAGGCAAGUUUAUUUGUAAAGGUCAGUCAUCUCGGGCUCUGGUAUUUGAAUAAUAGAAAAAAGAAAAUUCGCCCAUAAAAAACGCCAGUGCUAUAUUUCGGUAUCUGUUUGUUGCAGCAUUUCUACCAUUUUAACCAAAGAGCUAUGUGUAUUCUAACAGAAUAACCUUGAAUAUGAAUAUCCUAUUUUAAUUUUAGCCAUUAAAUAUAUUCAAUAGUUAUAAAGUA